AUGACUUCAGCAGAAGAAUCCGGCACCAGCUCUUGGUACCGGGUGCCGACGUGGUCGGGCAACCCGGCGGAAUGGCGACAGUUCCGCCGGGAGAUGAACUGGUGGAUGGCUUCGCUGGAUGAAGAAUCCUGCAAGAAGUUCAAUGAGGAGUUAGGCUGGAUGUUGAAAGAACGUUUGGGACUGGAUGCAAUCAGGAAGCAGUUGCUGGAGACAGCAUUGGCAGGUCGGGAGAACUAUGAUGUGGUCGAAUCAGAAUGCCUUCGUCUGUUUCGAGAUUUGCACUCCUCCGACCCUUUGAACAAGAGCAGACCUUUUGAUAAGGCACCACUACUCCAGCGUUUCCUACAGUCCCAUGACAGACACAGCUCCUCUUCGUCCUACAGGCCUUCGACUACAGCCAGCUCGACGGCUCCCUCUUCUCGCUCCUUCCGGACUCAGAGCUCUGGUUCCAGCCGGCCACCUUUCAAGCGUUUUGGCCAGCAGCCUCAACCUCGACAAGCCUUGAUUGCCGAGGGUUACUCUCCUGAGAACCUGACGAUCGAAGAAGUCCUCCAGACCGAAGCUGAGCUUCUUGCCCAAGAGCUGCAGGAGCUCGAGACUGAAGGUUGCGACCCUCGAGUGCUUGAAGAUUUGGAGAGCGGCAUGGAACAGGCCGCAGAGAGUCUGUUGACAAUGCGUGAAGCACGCACCAAAAUAGCUGAGGUCAAGAAAGACCGUGGAUAUGGAAAGCCUGGCCAACCGGCUCCUCGAAAGCCUAAGAGCCAGAUGACGAAGCAGGUCCGUGUCACCGAGACCCUGAACACUGAACAUGUGGCUCCUGAAGAACCUGAUGACAUGGGCCACGAGGUCAUGACAGUGGCCGCCGGCGAUUCAUGGGAUCGCCCAUUGUUCGAAGUCCUCAUGCAGCACCAUACCGACCCCAAGAACACUCCACGCCACUUCGCCCUUCCACUCCAGCCACGCCAAUGGCCUCGUCCGGACUCCCAACGCUGGCGGAAACUUGGACAAGACGGCAUAGUUGAACUUCAGUUGAACAGUUUUGAUUUUUGGAAGAAACAGUUGCAAUUGAAGAUGAGUCAUUUUGAAGUGCCUUUUGAGUCAACCUCCGAAGCACCGCAUGAGCACCUUGUGACAGAGCAUGCGAUCCUUGCUGCGACAUCGGCCGGGGCUCAAGCUAUGAAGGAUCUGUGGAUCGUAAUGGAAGCGGCCCAGCACUUCGACCUGACCGAGAACGACUACACGAAGGUGGUGCUGCGCUGGCGGCGAAUGCUUCUCCGCCUUCGCGCAACGGCCGCUUGGCACGCACAUGGCUUGCUCUUAUGGCUGUUGCCUCGUCCGCAGCUGCGGUACGCGCCCUUUCCGUACCCCAGCAUCAGCCAUACCAGACAUUGGCAAGAACAAGCCGAAUCUAUGACCCUCCAGAAGCCAAAGGCAUUGAUGGUCAAGCACUGGCAGCGAGCUCGAACCCAAGAACCGUCAGUGUACACGACCAAGAACCUCCUGGACUUGGGACAAUUCAGGAACCGUGCUGGCCUCAACUUCGCCUUCAUGGAGGACAACAUGUUGCAAGGAAUGCUUGCGGCACGCGCCAGCAAAGGCCUGACGGCCCAAUUGAAGCGGGAUGCCAUUCAGGAAGCCCAACUCGAAGCCGAGGCCGCUACCAAGCGUGGAGAGAAGCACGGCAUGGUGCGCUCCCUCAUCGGCCCAAAGGGAGGCCUGCCAACGUUGAAGGCAGACCUGGUGAAACUGGCUUCACUCCUGAACAUCCCCGUCCAGACUGGAAUGACUGUGGAAGAUCUCAAGAAAGCUUGCCGCCCCUUGGUUGCCGAGAUCGCUCAAAAGCCAACUCCCUCGAAGGCAAGUGGAUCUACCAGUUCAACGGAAAGACAUGUCCCCGAGACGUCAAUGGCGAGACCUUCUCAAGCGCCCGAGACAAUUGGCGCAAAGGCCAAGGCAUCUCAUGGAGUGACCGCUCAAGAGCUACAGGAAGUCCUCACCAUGCAGGACCACAAGUUCCAAGGGAUGCUGAACCAAGUGCUCCAGAGCAUUUCGACCCUGCACCAAGCAUCGCACCUGCCAGGACCUAUGACUUCCGGUCCGAUGGAAACCGAAGCAACCAUGGACUUCGGCUGGACCCAAGACGAGAUUCAACAGAUGAACCGCGACUACUACCAGGACGACUUGGAGUGGCGCCAGGAAGUGAAUGAAGUCUAUGAGGAGCAGUGGCAUCGAGCGAUGAACCACUUCCAGAACGAGAUCUUUGUCACCACCCUCACCGUUGGCGAUGAGAAGUCUUUUCAGUCCCAUGCCAUGUCUGAGAAUAGGUUGAUUUCAAAGAACCCCGACCUUGUUGAGAAUGACCGUUUCCCCAAGACCUUUGUCACUGAGGUCUACACAAACACGGAGCGAGUUGCGCAGACGGCUCGCAAACGAGGACAUCGAGUGGGAGCCUCAAUGAGCUUGGAAUCAGGAUGGAACUUUCUCCGUCCACUGGAUCGCAAAGCUGCCAGAGCCGUCCUGAAGCGUGAAAGUCCUUUCUUUUUGGUGCUGGCAUUUCCUUGUUCAUUUUGGAGUGUGUUACUCAACCUCAACCCUCCGAAGAAUGACACCAAGAUGUAUGAGGAAGCGAUCACCCUCUUGCAGUUCGCCCUCCAAUUGGCCAAGGACCAGAAGAGUCGUGGUUGUCACUUUGUUUUGGAGAACCCUCAAUCCUCUAGAGCAUGGACCCUGGAAGAGAUGCAAAGAGCCUUGGAGCAACUUGAGGCCCGUUGUGUAGUCUUCCACCAAUGCCGAUUCCGCUUGAAGAACCAGGCCCUGGUGGUUGGAAUGGAAAAGCAAUUUGAAGCUGACUUCAAAAGACCACACAACAUCCUUGCCAUCGAAGACGGUGAGGAGGCUGAAGAUGAGACCGCCCUGCCGAUUGACAUGAACCUGAGUGACUCUGAUCAGGAGUCCACUGAAGCUGAGGCAGUAAGCGCCUACAACUCGGACAUCAACGACGCUGGUGUCUCUCCUAUGCAAGCUGCCUUUGGAAAGCAACCCCGGAUGCACGGAGAUUGCCUUGGUGAUUUUGGUCGCCGCUUGAGUGAGCAUGGACUCAUCGACUCCCGGCCAAGUUUGGCCAGACAAGUUGCCAUGCGAGAGACUGCUCGCUUGGCGAUGGUACGCCUUCAUUUUUCCAAAGGUACAUCUCCAUUUCCUGAAGCUGUACGAGCUGCCUUUGAACAGAGACGGCAGAGCGUUUCCAGUGCCGCCCCAAGUGCUAGCGGCGAGUCACAAGCUUCCAAGAGGCCUGCUGAACUGGAUGCUGAGCGCUUGCGUGAAGAAGCUCUUCAACCAGACCCUGUUGCUCCAACUCCGGCUCAACCUCCAGAUGAAGUUCCUGAUGAAGCUUCCGAAGCCCUGAGAGUGACUCAUGAAGUGAUGGAAAUGGAAGCCUAUGCCAAUGUACAUCCGCUCCGUCAGAUCCAGAUCAUGGCGGAACAGGAUCGUCUAAAUCCCUUGGAAGCCAGAGUCCGAGACCAUGGGACAUGGCGUGGCAAUUGGCCUCUUCCCUCGAGGACAGAAUUCAAACGACGGCAAAUGCUGAAACAACUUUGGCCCCUUGGCAAUGAUGAUGCUGCUCAGGAAGUGCUUGCAGUGCUCACUGCUCGUAAGGAGCAUGUAUGGAGUCACAUGUCGGACUUUGAGAAAAAGGAGUUCCGUGAAGCAGCAGCCAAAGGAUGGUCAGUAUGGGUUGAAAAUGAAGCCAUCGAACCUCUUCCAGAUGCCGAAGCUGCCCGCAUUAGGCAGAAGUUGAAGACAGAAGGUGAAAGCCACCGCAUCUUGGUUCCUCGCUUCGUCUAUGUGGACAAGAAUGACGGACUGAGGACGGCAGACCGGGACCUUCCACUCAAGGCUAACGCCAGGCUGGUCGUCCCCGGAUACCAAGACAUUAGUGCAUAUGGCCUUCGCUGUGAUGCUCCAACAGCGUCGAGAACUUCUCAGCAUCUUUUGCUGACCUUUGCCGCCAGUAUGAAGUGGAAGCUGGCAAGUGCUGACAUCAAGUCGGCAUUCAUGAAAGGUGAAGAGUUUGGCCCCAAUGAACGCAUCCUCUACCUCGCCAACGUGAAGACCAGAGCACCUGAUGAGCCACGCCUACCAUUCUCUGAAGCAGGCUUAUGCCGUGUGAAAAAGGGAGUAUUUGGCUUAGCUGACAGCCCUCGUCGUUGGUAUAAGAGGUUAUGCAAGUCAGUACAACACCAUGGUUGGCAACUUUCAGCUCUGGAUUCGGCCAUGUGGUUCCUGUGGGAAGGCUCCAAAUUGGAAGGCAUCCUCAUCUCCCACGUGGAUGACUUGCUACUGGCCGGAGGCCCUCGUGCGCACCACACCUUGCAAUUGCUGGGUGCCGAACUUGGGUUUGGUUCCACCUCCACCGGAACCAUAACCUAUUGUGGAAAGAAGAUUGAGCAAGCUGAAGAUUUUUCAGUGAAAGUUUCCAUGGAAGAGUACCAUAGCAAUCUUCAGCAGGUGCGCAUCAACCCACUUCGAAAGAAGAAUCCAGAAGCUACUUUGAUGCCUGGGGAACAACGAUGCAUUCGACAAAUCCUGCUCAGAAACGCCGAGCUAUGGCAGCCAAAAGAGUUUAGCUUUCACCAUAAGCUGGAUUCGUUCAAUGCUGGCUCGAUGCAACACGAGCGUGCGUUGGACAGCAACAGAGAACAUGAUCGUAGACUGCGGCACUAA